AUGGGUUCCGUAUUUUGGGGUGAAAUUGAAGAAAAUGUAGAAAAUAUAUGCGGUGUUGUUGAUUAUGAUAAGCAUGCAUUCUUUAUUACAAGCACUGAAGAUGAUCCAGUUGAUCGCGAGUAUACCACACAUCAAGUAUAUGAUGACAAAGCACCUGAUACUGUAAUGCAUUUACUGAUUGCAAGACAUGAUAAAAUAUUAGAUCGAAAAAAUACUGCUGUACAUCGAAUUGUCAAAAUUUUGCAAAUGACGAAAGGCCGCUCAGUGCAUUUCCCAAAACUUAUUUGUUUCGGCCGUUUCAGGAAGAUAAUUUUUGGAGAAAACGGAGAUCAAGACGCUGAACGGGAUCCCGAAUGGAUUGGACGACCAUGUGCAGUUCUCGAAUACAACGCCUCACUAAUAGGAUCAUUACUUCCGCUCUCACCUUCAGGUGUUCUACCAUUAGAUUUAGCUUUGGUGAUAAUGAUGGGUUGCGUUCGAGCACUAGCAUCGCUUCAUCGACUUGGCUUUGUACACCGACUUGUUUCACCUUUCAGCUUUGCAUUCCGUAACCCAAUCUCUUAUGAUAGCCUCGAAUCACGCAUCAUAAUGGUGGACUUGAGCUUAGCUUUACCAUGGCCUUGCAAGCCACGAUCAUAUGUACCAUUUGUUGGUACUAUGCGGUACAGUUCCGUACGAGUACAUCGAGGUAGAGAGCAGGGCCCAUCUGAUGAUAUCAUCUCAUUAAUUUAUGUGGUAGCGGAAUUAAUCUCGGGUAAACUUCCAUGGCGUUCAGUAUUUGAAGAAAAUCGCAUUUGUGACAUGAAAUGUUUAUUUUACGAACACAUAGAAUUUAAACGGCUUCCUAGAGAAAUUAGAUCACUUUAUCGAUUGAUGUACAUGACACUGUCGCCUUAUCCUAUCGAUCAUAAGCUUAUUAUUGAACAAAUUCAAGCAUCUCUCAAACGGCGUUUCCCAAAUAGCAAACAUGAGCUUCCUCCUUGGCUUGCUUUGCCAAUUGCCGAAGAAUAA